AAAUUAAAAAGUAAAUACAGCUCAUUGAAAUAAAAAAAUUGCAAAUUUUACAGAAUUGUAAAUAAUGUAUAGUUUUCACAGUGUUUGCAGAAAGUUUGUGUUGAAUUCAUAUCUUCUUAGUCAAACGAGACAAAAAUCAAAGAUACAUUGGUCUAAGGCGAAGAAGAAAACAUCAGCAAAAUAUAAAGCGAUAGAUCAUUUUGAUGAAUUUUAUGGUAAUGUGUUUGGUAAACAAUGGGAGUCGAUGCGUGAGGCUCUAUUUCGGCGUCAGAAAUACGUGGCCUUAGUAAAUAAUUACGGGGAUACAGAAGACACUGUUGAAUAUCUGGCAAACAGAGGUGCACAUUGUCUAAAGAAUUUAAUGACAAUACAAGCAAGUUUUCACAAUGAAUAUUCACCAAAAGACACACCCAGUCCGAGUCAGAACACAAAUACCAAUAUGGAUGACUACAUCGCAAGGCUGCAAAGUGAAGAAAUAUCUAGUUUGUACCCCCAGGGUAUUGAAGUACCUGAGAGAUUAGAAAUAAGUAAUACAGUAUCACUCAAAACAGAUACAAGUGAUGAGGGAGCAGAAAAGAAUGUAUCAAAGUCAGUAUCACUAAAUGAUGCAUUACAAGAAGCUAGUAUUGAUGAAACGAGAAUUAUAACCCCACAAAUGGGUGUGUCCUCCGAAUCUCUUUAUCAAUACAUACCGGCCACCAAGUUAAAGGGGAUGGAGGACUGGAUACCGGAGUCGCAGCAUAUAUCCUUCUUUACAAAUAGUAGCAAUACAGAUUUUCCACUAGUCAUAGAACCGGAAAUGGACUUUCAGUUUCCUGAGCACUUGAAGGUAAUGACGUUCGAGAUGGGCAGCGACAGCACCAAGUUUCCAGAACCAAAGAGAGGGAAAAUAGGCAUGUUCAACUACUACCCGCUAGACCUGGGCUCAGUGCUAGCAGUGCUGGCGCUGAACCUGCGCGGCGGGGAGCGGGUUCUGGACGUCUGUGCUGCGCCCGGCGGCAAGACCCUCACCGCGCUGCAGACUAUGCUGCCCGACCUGCUUGUGGCCAAUGACAGCUCCAUAUCGCGGUGUAACAGGAUGGAGCGCAUAUUCCGCGACUACCUGAUAGACUACGACACCAGUAACUCGUGGCGCGAGCGCCUCCUCGUCUCGCGGAAGGACGGCCGUAUGAUUGUUGACGAUGCUGGGUUCGACGCGGUGUUAGUAGACGCGCCGUGCACGACGGACAGACACUCUGUGCUGGAGGACGAGAACAACAUCUUCCGGGCGGACCGCGUGCGCGAGCGGCUGCGCAUACCGGAGUUGCAGGCGCAGCUCAUCGCGAGCGCGCUACAGCUGGUGCGAGUGGGCGGGGCCCUAGUCUACAGUACGUGCGCGCUAAGCCCCGCCCAGAACGACGGCGCGCUGCACGCCGCCCUCGCCGCCGCCUUCCGCGACCACGGCGUAGUUGCCACCGUCAAGGACCUGUCAGCACCAUUCAGUAGUUUGUCGAGCGCGCUGGUCCUGGGUUCGGGUGCGGCGAAGCCCAAAUAUGGCCAACUGGUGAUCCCUGACAUUGCUGCCAACUACGGACCGACUUACAUCGCUCGGAUCGUGCGGGUCAAAUAGAAAAUAAAUGGUUAAGUAAAUAA